UAGUCUCAGUCGCCUGUGUAUCUGUAUCGAACUUGUGGGCUAAAUUACCGCCAAGUCAUGUGACUUGGCUGCCUGUGUAUCGACCCAUUUCGACGCGAAAAUGAAAAGGAUAUGCAGAUUUUGGAGUCUAAAUUGUCCAGUUCUCUAGCCUGAAGAACACCUGACAGGUAAAAGAUGUUGCCCACGGCCAAGAUGAAGCUGUCUGAGCUGAAUCCCCAUCUGAUCUGUGUUCUGUGUGGUGGCUAUCUUAUAGAUGCUACUACCAUCAUGCGAUGUCUACAUUCAUUCUGUAAGACUUGUAUAGUCCACUAUCUGCAGACGAGUCACUAUUGUCCAGUAUGUACAGGCUUAGUACACAAGAAAAAUCCAUUCUCGGAAUUAAGAUCAGAUCAUCUUCUACAAAACAUUGUCUAUAAAGCUGUUCCCGGUCUGUUCACAGAUGAGAUGAGUAGAAGAAGAGCGUGUUACAAAAACCAAGAUCAAGAAACAGAUGCCGAAGCCAUAGGUAAACGUUCAGUAGAAAUCGGGAAACGAAUAAUUAUCUCCCCUGAGGAAAACAUCAGCCUUUCGCUUGAAUUCACAACAAAUCUCUCGGCAUGUGAUGACAUUGAAACAGAAAAUCAGACCAUUGAUAUCCGAUACCUGUUGUGUCCGGCUGCAGUGACCAUCGGUAAUCUGAAGAAAUUCCUGAGAAUGAAAUUCUCCCUGUUGGAUACAUAUCUGGUUGAUCUUUACCACGAAGACGAGGUUUUACUUGACAAUUACAGUUUGGUGGAUGUAGCCUACAUUUCUUCAUGGAACGGGCAAGAUGUCCUGAAACUUAGUUAUUCGAUCUAUGAAAACCCUGCAAAGAGACUUAAAAGGGCGAAGUCAAUUGAUAAUGUUCGGUGCAAUAAUGAUGAUUCUGGUAUUGAGGAUGGCAAUCAGAGUUUUGAGUCUAGUCCAAGUACAGAUACCAGCAUGCUUAACGACAGUGGACAGGGCCUGGAAUGUGACAUGAAUAAGACCGAGGUGUUAAAACCCUUGGAGAUCGCCACGGAUAGUUCUAUGGAGGAAACCAGUGCUAAAAUCGAACCAGACAUUAGUGUCAGUGAACAGACUGACAUAAAUACAAUCAAUGACACAGAAACCACAUGUGAUCAAAAUAAAGAAUGUAUUCCGAAUGAAAAUCCUGCGCCAAAUAGCAUUUGUUCUAAUGACAUAUCUUUACCUUCUGUUAGCAAUACGAAUGACCGUACUUCCGGUAGUGGAGAAUGUCCGGAAGUAGUGGAGUCUUUGUUUAAAGACGAGGAGGAUGUGGUUAUUGACAAAUUAGACGAGACAGUGAAUAGAAUUAUCGCUGAGACAGACAAUGAGACUGAUGCUAUGGAUCAAUCUACAGAGAAAAAGACAAUCGAUGUCAGAAGGUUUUCAAACGCUUCAACAGAAACGGAAAUACAUGAUUCGAGUGUUUCAGUUCAAACGGACGUGCAGUGUUGUAGUGAUUCUCUCGGUCUCACCCUUUGUGUUGAACAUACACAUACGUGUACGCAAACGCAUGACAGUAUUUCUGGUUCAAACGGAAGUUGCGCUGAUGUAGGGAUGCAGACAACUCCCGUUUCUCCUGCGAAACAGUGCAGUGUCCAAGACAAAGGCACUCAGCAUAAUGGUUGUGAGUCCGAACGAACGGACAAGGUUGCGUGUUCAGCACACAAGUCUCAUUCCAAGUCAGAGGAAAAAGUGAGCAAGGAAACGGACAAAUCGUGCUCUGGGGUAUGCAACGGCCACAGUGUCAAACCUCGAAAUGAAAAACUUGUCGUCAAGCUUAGCAAAGAAAAGGAUUCCGAGUCUUAUACAGCAACCAUAUCAUAGGAAUGCGAACGUGGCAAACCAUGUUAUCAAAACAACGUCUGAAUAAGUCACUAAGAGACCCUAGUAUUUUUUGUAAUCAAAAUAAUGUCUUUGGAUCUGUUUAUCAGCGACUAUCAAACAAAUGCGUUUUUUUUUUAAUCCAGGUGAUAUUUUGCUUUGAAAAUAUGAGAAUACAAAUCUAUUUGAUAAUUUUCUGCAGAGAAUACAUAAUGCAUAAUUAACGUUUACUGGUAAUGCAUGUAAUGCCUGCUCUUUCUACAGAACCGAUAUCGAUUUUUUAAAAUUUGAUAAUUGAGUCUACACUGUUUCAUUUUGAGAAGUUUGUAGCAGUUUGCCAAGGCUGCCAUUUUCGAAUUCGCAUUGAACGAUGCCACAAAAUGUAAUUCGGAAGUGAUCGCACCGUGGUACUUCAUAGACGUUAAUACUACAUGCCAAGUAUUUCUUAUGAAUACACAUGUAUUGCAUGUUGCUUCGUGAUACGUUUCUUCUUUGACCUGUAUUGUAAACUGCAAAUUAAACACCGACUGAGUCUGGUAAUCACUCAAUCAAAGGCGUGACAAUUAUAUGAGAUAACACAAGAUUCCAUUCGAACAGGAGUUGUUUCCCUUACUUUCGUGUCACAAUAUUCUAUCAUUAGAUAAUAUGUCUCAAUUUUUUCACAUGAAUGAAAUAAACCUAAUUUGAACUAUAAAUCAUUUGUGGUUUCUAAACACUCUGUCAAUUUAAAUUUUAUUUUUUAUUGUUUUUUUUGAAAAUCAUCUGUGAAAACACAGAACAAAGAAAGGUUUUGGAUGUGUACCUUGUAUCAUAUAACAUUUUAACUCACAAUUUGUUUUCCUUUUCGCAUAGCUCCCAUGUAUAGUUGUAUAUAGUCUAUUGAAAAUUCUGAAUAUUUUUCGAUGGUAUUAACAAUUAUAUAUUGCAUUAUGAAUUUUUAUCACAUCUUCGAUGAAGCAAUAGUGUUAACUGAUAAUUUUAUCAUCAUAACGUAUUUCUAAAUUUCCCUUCAUGAAUCAAUUGUCUAACAACAUUCCUUUGGCAUUCAGUAUGUAUUACAAUUUGUGUUUAUUUACGAGAUUAACAGAAAGUUCCAUUGUUAUUUGUCAUUUAACCUACGUUUAUUUUAAGCAAUCAAAUUAUGAGAAUUAAAAAUACUGUGUCAAAUAUGAAUUUGAAACUUACUCUUUCAUCUUAUUGAUUCUUCUUUCAGUUUUUGUUUUUUAACAUAGUUAUAAAGGAUUUUACAAUUUUAAUGGCAAUUUCUGAGAAACGCCAUAUUUCGAUGAUGAAUCAAUUUGUAAUAGAACGUUGAAGAUAAGUAAAUUUGUCAUUUUGCUUAAAAAAUUAAUUUUAAAUUUAUG